AUGAUGCGUGUUAAUCCGAGCUGUUCGGUCCGAUUUGUGAUCACAGUGUUGUUGUUCUUGUUUGCUGCUGAUGUUUCGGAAUCUAAGCGGGUGUUUAAAUGUCCUCCAGGCUGCAGCUGCACCUCUGAGACCGUCAUCUGUGUGGGAUCAUCCAUCAUCCCCCGAACCGUCCCGGCCGAGAUCACCUCUCUGAGUAUCGUCAAUGGGACUUUUCCAGAAAUCAAGGAGGCAGCGUUUGCCCUCAUGCCAUCCCUGCACUUACUACUCUUUAAUUCAAACUCCAUCUCCAGCAUAAAGGACGACGCUUUCUCCGGCCUUCCUCGCCUCGAGUAUCUAUUUAUCGAAGGGAACAAGAUAGAGGAGAUCAGCAAGAACGCUUUCCGAGGACUUCGCGACGUCACUCAUCUGUCGCUGGCGAACAACAACAUGAAAACUCUGCCCAAAGGUCUGUUCUCUGACCUGCACUCCCUGAUGGAGCUAGAUCUACGUGGAAACGCCUUUCAGUGCGACUGCCUGUCCAUGUGGUUGAUGCUGUGGCUGAAGAAGACGAACGCGACGGUUUCAGACGCUUACUGCGCUGAACCGGCGGAGAUGAAAGGCGUCCUGCUGAAAGACUUCCCCGAAAGACACGGCACAUGCGUCUCCACUGAUUUUGUCCCUCAUCAGACCAUUAACAGUCAGUCCAUGUCUGCCGACAUUUUCACCUAUAAAGAAGAUAUUUACGUUGCUUUGGCAGUGCCCAACUCAGACAGUUGCAUAAUCAUGGAGUGGGAUCACAUCGAAGCAAACUUCCGGCCAUUCGACAACAUCACAGGACGCUCGGUGAUCGGCUGCAGGUCGGUCCUGAUUAACAAGCAGGCGUACGUGAUCGUCGCUCAGCUCUUCGACGGCUCGCGCGUCUACAGGUUCGAUCCGGAGCAGAACCAGUUCACCAAGUUCCAAAAUGUCGAGAUGCUCAACGUCUCCAAGCCGAACGACAUAGAAGUCUUCGGAAUCGGAGACGAGUGGUUCUUCCUGAUCGUAGACAGCUCCAAAGCGGGCAUGUCCACCCUCUUCAGGUGGAACGACACUGGUUUCUUCCCGUACCAGUUUCUUCACGAGUGGUUCCGCGACUCCGACGCCGAGUUUGUGGAUCUGGACGGGAAGUCCGUCCUCAUCAUAGCCACCCGUUCUCAGGUCCCCGUCAUCUACCAGUGGAACAAAAGCACCCAGAAGUUCGUCCAGUUUGAGGAGAUACCCAACAUGGACGACAUGAUUAGCAUCAAGGCCUUCAGGAUCAAACGUGUCCUCUAUUUAGCGCUGGCCUGCUACAUCGGAGAUUCCAAGGUCCUAAAGUGGACCGGGAAGCAGUUUGAGGAGGUCCAGGGCUUCCCAUCACGUGGUACCAUGGUCCUCCAGCCUUUCAGCUUUAAAGGUCAGCACUACCUGGUCCUGAGCAGCGAUUACACCUUCUCUCAGAUCUUCAGGUGGGACGAGGAGAGUCAGAUCUUUAUUAAAUUCAGGGAGGUGUUUGUUCAGUGGCCUCGUUCCUUUACUGCGUUUUCCACAGGUCAGCGUGAUUUCCUCCUCGCCACCAGUUUUAAGGGGAAAACGAAGGUUUUUGAACAUGUUUCAGUCGAUUACAGUUGAUGAGACCAAAAAUGUUGUUAGAGCUGGGCGACAACCUCACAUUUCAACCAGAACCAACAUGGAAUUUGUUAGGUAAUGUUCAUGAUUUCCAUAAUGUCAGUAUAUCUGAAUGUAGGUGUAUGUGAGCAUUGCUAUAUGUAAGUGCUGGUGUAUCUGAGUGUCAGUGUAUCUGAGUGUCGGUGUAUCUGAGUGUCGGUGUAUCUGAUAGUCAGUGUAUCUUAGUGUUGGUGUAUCUGAGUGUCGGUGUAUCUGAGUGUCUGUAUA